AUGAAAGGCAAAGAUGUUUCAGAUGAUUCUGGAAGGGCACACAACCACGUAAUCAACAGCAAUGCAGCCACGGGAAUCUCGCAUGCGUCUGACUCACCUUUAAUAGGUGGCAGCGGAAGCAAUAGCAAUAGCAAUAGCAAUAGCAAUAGCAAUAGCAAUAGCAGAAGUAGAAGUAGAAGCAGGAGCAGAAGCAGAAAAUCUAGUGGGACUGCGGGUGGUCUGCUGAAGAACCCACCACUACUUGUAAACAACGAAGUUCUUCAUGCUAAUGUGCCCUCUGCGUCGCACAUCGCAACCAAUAAUGGUACGCUUGACGUUAGCAUAAAUAACCCUGACCCGCAGGUGGUUGAUGUUGUGGCGCGCCACUUGAUACGGAAUCCGACCAACAGCCUGCAUUUGCAAGGUGGGGACAUAACGAGAGAUUUGUACAAGUGGACGAACGAACACCCUUUGUCACCCUCGCAGCACCAAUACCCGAAUCAACCGGCCCUUUCCACCUCGAUACCGUCGCAAGCGCCCUCUUUUUCGAACCGUAAGAGGUCGAUGAGUUUUUCUGCCGCUUCUAUAGCAUCCUCGUCUCACCUCAACAACAACUCGGAGGCGAAUGCAAACCUUCUAGCGGGAAUCGGUCUGGCGCCUGCAUCGAUGACACACGAAGAGAUCAGGGCCCCCGGCGGGUUCAGAAGAUCGUUCAUCAUACAAAAGCACAGGAAACAUGACGCCAACGCACCUAUACCGAAUUUCUUCGCCAGGAACUUUAUCGAAUUUCUGACCUUGUAUGGUCACUUUGCCGGUGAAGACUUGUCCGAAGAAGAAGAGGAGGAAGAAACCGAAGAAGAGCCCGAGGAGGAAGCUUUGGAAACGGAAAGCACCCAGCUGGUUCCCCGUGAGCACGAGCGCCAUCCUCACAAAUCGUCUACAGUGAAAGCAGUACUGUUGCUGUUGAAAUCAUUUGUCGGGACAGGCGUGCUCUUCCUGCCCAGGGCCUUCCAUAAUGGUGGUUGGGGGUUUAGCGCCCUCUGUCUGCUCUCAUGUGCCCUUGUUUCUUAUGGGUGUUUUGUCUCGCUGAUCUCUACUAAGGACAAAGUGGGUGUCGAUGGGUACGGUGACAUGGGUCGGAUACUUUACGGGCCCAAGAUGAAGUUUGCCAUCCUCUUGUCCAUCGCUUUAUCACAAAUUGGUUUUUCAGCUGCCUAUACUGUUUUCACUGCAACUAAUUUGCAAGUCUUUUUCGAGAAUUUCUUCCAUUUGAAACCGGGAAGCAUCAAUCUAGCCACCUACAUCUUUGCGCAAGUACUCAUUUUCGUUCCACUGUCUUUGACGAGAAACAUCGCCAAAUUGAGCGGGACCGCGUUAAUUGCGGACCUGUUUAUUUUAUUGGGGUUGGUUUAUGUUUACGUUUACUCCAUUUAUUACAUCUCCGUUAACGGGAUUGCAUCAGACACCAUGCUUAUGUUCAAUAAAGCGGACUGGUCCUUGUUUAUUGGUACUGCUAUCUUCACCUUUGAAGGCAUAGGUCUUCUUAUCCCUAUACAGGAGUCAAUGAGACAUCCUAACCAUUUCCGACCAUCAUUGUCUGCUGUCAUGUGUAUUGUGGCAGUGGUGUUCAUAUCUUGUGGCCUCUUAUGCUAUGCAGCUUUCGGUGCCGAUGUGAAAACCGUUGUUCUAUUGAAUUUCCCACAGAAUAGCUCGUACACACUCACUGUUCAACUGCUGUACGCAUUAGCCAUUUUACUAUCCACACCGUUGCAAUUAUUCCCCGCGAUACGUAUCUUGGAGAAUUGGACGUUUCCCUCGAACGCAUCUGGUAAACAUAACCCUAAAGUCAAGUGGUUGAAGAAUUACUUCCGUUGUGCUAUCGUUCUUUUGACGUCCAUCUUAGCAUGGGUAGGUGCCAAUGAUCUAGACAAAUUUGUAUCACUAGUGGGCUCCUUUGCGUGCGUUCCGUUGAUCUACAUAUACCCGCCACUGCUGCACUUCAAGGCGUCCAGUAUAUCUGGAACUUCAAGAGGAAGACUUCUAUUGGAUUUAAUUGUCAUAAGUUUCGGAGUUGCUGUCAUGGUUUACACGUCGUGGCAGACCAUAAAAAUGUGGAGCAACUAA